AUGGAGUCGGGAAUGAGUAGCCGAGUUCGUGGCGAUGGGAAGAGGGAGGAGAAGAAGGGAGCGAUGAAAGCGAAGGAGUUUCCCCCGCCAUUACCUUGGCUAGCCAGGACGGGGAACUCGCCGGCUUCGAGAAUGCCGUGGGUUUUGAAGCGGAGUUAUACGGAGGACGGAAGGCUGAUCAUUACUGGAGAGAAAACCGAGCGGCACGAGUACUUUGAGGCGGACCGCUCCGACGGCCGCCUCCGCCUCCGCCUAGUAGCGCUGGAUGUCUUCGUCGGCGGAGAACCGUUUGCGAACGAGCCGGAUGAGGCCGCGGCGGAGGAGAGAGAAAUUCCCGGCGGCGAUCAUAAUCAAAUCGAUGGCGGUGGCAAUGGUGAUGAUGAUGGUGCAGUUUGUGACGGCAGCGAUGCUGGCGGGGGCAAUGAUCCGACCGCCGCUGCAUUGGAGGAUCCUCAAUCGGCAAUGGCGAGCGGCGGCUCGCUGAUAACUGACGCCCGCAGCGGCGGCGGUGGGAGCAAGUGUUCAAAUUCGUUUAUUUUUAGCCUUGCGGUGACCGCUAUCCCUCCAGUCCAUACGUAA